AAAAUACCGUGAUGGCGUUCCAUUUACCAAGAUGGCGAAUGAAGGAGCUUUGAUACAACCUACAACCCAUUUGAUCUAUGCCUCAGGAAAGCCAAAUCCCUAUAAAGACUGCUGCAUAAAAUUCCAUCUUAUACUAUUAUAGGAUCCUCAUGAAACUCGUUCUACAUCGGAAAUAUUCUAUAUGCUGCGGUCCGCUCCUCUCUGGGGCGUUUGGCUGUCGCAUCUUGCGCGCGCACAUUAGCCUCCUUCGCUACCGGCGAUGGCUUCUUCUCGGCCUCCUCCCGCUCCUCCGGCGAAGCCCCUCGACCUGGAGGUGACGGUGGUCUCUGCGAAGCACCUCAAGAACGUGAACUGGCAGCACGGCGACCUUAAGCCCUAUGCUGUUGCCUACCUCGACCCCGACCGCUGGGUCGCCACCAAGCCCGACGACGCCGGCAACACCCGUCCCGUCUGGAACGAGCGCCUCUUUCUCCCCCUCCCCCCCUCCUUCCUCGACCCCUCGCUCCUGCUCACCCUCGACAUCUUCCACUCCAAACCAUCCGAGACCCCCAAGCCCCUCGUCGGCACCGCCCGCUGCCCCCUCAGGGAACUCCUUGGCCCCGACGCCUUCGAAGCCGCCGCAUCCUCCGUCGUAGCCGUCGACGGAUGCCCCUUCCCCAUCAAAACGCUAGAGCUCUGCCGCCCCUCCGGCCGCCCACAUGGCAAGAUCCGGAUCAAGGUCGCGAUCCGGGAGCGCCCCUGCCCACCGCCGGAGUCCGCCUACCAAUUCGCCUCUCCCUCCGGCUAUUACUACUCCACGGCUCCUCCCCUUUCCUCCCGGGACUACCGCACCCAUCCCCCUCCGCCUCCGCUCGUCCCUCCUUACAGCCACCCCAUGCCGUCCCAACCAUCGCGGUACCCUUACGGCAACUACUCCGAUCCCUACUCUGGCUACUAUUCCUCCAACGCCGGGUAUUACUCCGCACCUCCCGCCCCGGCCCCGGCCACUGCCCCUGCCCCGGCCCAGCCCUACUAUGAUCGCGCAUCGGUGUACGGUGGCCCGUCGGCGCCUGUGGACUACUCAUCCGGCCCUUCUUCUUACGAGCAGAAGGCGAAGGGGGGCAGAUUGGGAAUGGGGGCCGGCCUGGCAGUUGGGGCGGUGGCCGGGGCACUGGGAGGGCUGGCGUUGGAAGAAGGCUUCAAGUAUGAGGAGGAGAAGGUUGCGGAGAGGGUGGAGAGUGAUCUUGCUGCGAGGGAUGAUUACAGCGACUAUCGAGCAGACUACAGAGUAAAAAUGUGUCUUGCACCCAAGCUUUUGUGUGCACUUCAAGUAGGGACUGUAGCAGAGGAAGGAUACAAGGUCCAUUAUCCAUACAAUGGAUUGGGUCGCACAGAGAAGCAAGAGGAACCUUACCGGGUUGGUGGUGGCGACCGGCGAGUGGUGGGCAUCGCUCCUGGUGGUGGGCCCUCGCCUUGUCUCCCCUUGCAAAAAAUAAAAUCGGUCCCCGUUGCUCAGACAAGUGGCAGCCGCGCUCUUCCCUGCAAAGAGCCAGACAGCAGCAAGCAGAAGAGGGGAAAGGCAAAGUUAAAGAUGGCUCUAUACCUUUCCUCCUCCCGGAAUUCCCCUGCUGCUGCUCUCACCAUUCUCUCCCCCUCCCCGGAUCCCUCUCCUGCUGCGACCAUGUACAAUUCUCCCUCCCCCAAUUCCUUCUUCUCCGAGAGUGGACUUGCUGCUUCUGCUGCUCCUGUCACUGUUGUAUCCAGGUGCACCGUGUAUCCUGACACCAAGUCCACUCUCGGAGACCUCAACCUCUCCGUGUCCGACCUCCCCAUGCUCUCCUGCCACUACAUCCAGAAAGGCCUCUUCUUCCCCCGCCCCCCCAUCCCCUUCGCUCCCCUCCUCUCCCUCCUCAAAUCCUCUCUCUCCCGCGCCCUCUCCCUCUUCCCCGCCCUCGCCGGCCGCCUCUCCACCCUCGCAGACGGUCGCAUCGUCAUCUCCUGCAACGACGCCGGCGCCGACUUCUCCCACGCCGUCGCCCCAUCCCUCGCCCUCCCCCUCCUCCUCCCAACCUCAUCCGACGUCCCGCUGCCCGUCAAGUCGUUCUUCCCCUUCGACGGCGCCGUCAGCUACCAGGGCCACUUCCGGCCUCUCGCCGCCUUCCAGGUCACCGAGCUCGGCGAUGGCGCCGUCUUCAUCGGGAGCGUCGUCGACCAUGCCAUCGUCGAUGGCACCUCCUUCUGGAACUUCUUCAACACAUGGGCGGAGCUCUGCCGCGGCGGCGCGCCCCAGCCGCCGGACUUCCGCCGGAACUUCUUCGGCGACUCCACAGCGGUGAUCCGGUUCGCAGACGGCGCCGGCCCGGAGGUGACUUUCCCGGUGAAUGCUCCGCUGCGGGAGCGGAUCUUCCACUUCAGCCGGGAAGCAAUCCGAGAUCUCAAAUCGAGGGCCAACAGCCGGGCCCAUGAUUCGAUCGCCGAAAUAUGUGGGAAGCAGAUCCACGACCGGAAGAAAGCGACGACAGCGGCGGCGGCCGCGGCGGGGGAGAUCUCGUCUUUCCAAUCGCUGUGCGCCCAGCUGUGGCGGUCGGUGACGCGGGCUCGGAAGCACCUCCGACCGGAGGCGACGACGACGUUCCGGAUGGCGGUGAACUGCCGGCACCGGCUGGUGCCGCAGGUGGAUCCGUUGUACUUCGGGAACGCGAUCCAGAGCAUCCCGACGGCGGCGGCGGUGGGGGAGGUGGCGGCGAGCGAGCUGCAGUGGGCGGCGGGGCUGCUGCACAGGAGCGUGGUGGCGCACGGGGACGAGGCGGUGCGGAGGGUGGUGGCAGAGUGGGAGGCGGCGCCGCGGUGCUUCCCGCUGGGGAACCCGGACGGGGCCGGGAUCACGAUGGGGAGCUCCCACCGGUUCCCCGUGUACGAGGGGAACGACUUCGGAUGGGGGCUGCCCCUGGCGGUGCGGAGCGGGCGAGCGAACAAGUUCGAUGGCAAGAUUUCGGCGUUCCCAGGGAGGGAGGGAGGAGGGAGCGUGGACCUCGAGGUGUGCCUCGCCCCCGACACCAUGGCGGCGCUCCUCAAGGACGACGAGUUCAUGCACUACGUCUCCAAAGACUACUCUGCACUGUGAUAUUGGAUGGCCCUUCCUUUCUGACUUUCUGCUAGUUAAUUAGCCGUCCGAGGAAGCUGCGUGUGGAAGCAAAAGCACAGAUGUUGGAGGUCCCGGACAGGAUAAGAAUCCUGGUGUUGCAGUCGUUUAAUCAUUAAGUUGUUGCAUUUUCUCCUCAAUGAUUGGAGGACAAAAAACAAAAAAACAAAUAAAGUUGUGCCCCUCAAUGUAGAUUUUGCAGUCUUGUCUCGCUCUUUUGAUGAGGAUGCUUGUGCUAAUCUAUGCACCUUUGUGCAGGUAAAAUGGUAACUAUAAGCUGAAUCAUUUGAUUAA